AUUCAAAAAAUUUCAAUCGCGCGCGUUUAUUCUCUCAGUUGUUUGUCAACCUUCGAAAAUGGAGGUGCCUCGACGAUUGGGGCGAACUGUCAAACUAAAUGCUACUUCAGAUGUGCUAGUUUCUUCAGCAAUUGUGAAUGGUAACCCUCAAACUGACCUGACUCCCAGCAUUAAGGAUGCUUUGCUGCAGAUGUGCUGCAAAGAUGUCGUUACCCUUGGCAAACCUCAACACAUAGGAUCGGUUUUAAAUGUAAUCUCAAAGCAUAUUGAGAAGAAAGGGUGUGACAGCAUUGGACUGGACAUUUUGGAUUUUUUUAUAUGUCUACGAAUUGCUUUGAUCAAUGACAGCAAAGCCGUAAGAGCUGCUGGUAUCAGAAUAAUUAGACUGUGCUUAAAAAAUGAAGAAUAUGCACACAAAUUGGUUCAAGCAGAUCUUCAUUACUUCAUUGCAAAGUGUUUGGAUGUGCUUGUGGAUAACAUGGCAGAACGUGCUCAAGCCUUGAGAUUAUGUAGGAGAUUGAUGCUGGUUGAUCCAUCAUUAUUCCCUGUUGCUCUGGCGCGUUCAAUUGUAGCUCUUGCUUUUGAUGGCACCAAAGAAAAGGACCGUUUAGUACGAGCAUCUUUGGCUAUUCUAGCUGAACUUUGUAUCGUAAACCCUUCCGUGUUCGUUGCCAGCGGAGGUGUUCGAUGUUUCUCAUCUGCUGUUUUAGAUUGCUCCUCUGCUCGUAUGCAAGAAGCUAUGAUGGCAUCCCUACUCUACCUAUUCGACACAGAGCCGCGACGUGAGCUUUCGAAAUUAAACCUGCGAUUUCUGAUUGCUCCCUAUAGUGAUUUCCACUAUAGACACUACAUAGAUGCAGGAGAAGGAAACAAUUCAUCUACUACGACAGAUGAUCGUGAGCUUCGUUUACUCUGCGCUAAGCAAGCUCUGCUUACAGUUCUGAGAUCUUGGAAUGGAGUAUUACAUGUUAUGAGCUGCAAAAUUCUUGAAGACCUAGUCAAAGUCUUGCUCCCAUGUCACUUGGAAACCAGGAAAUCAAUGCUGGAAUUCUUCUAUACACUUCUGCGGUUACCACUGCCGGAAUGGACGGACGAAUUUUCCGUAGCGCUUCUAGCUACUGAUCCGUCCCGUGUACAGGACGCCUGGAAGCUGCAGGAAGGCUAUGUAGCCGCAGAAGGCAAAUGUCUACUACCGCACAUUUCCAAAUUCAGACCAAAUCUUGUAUUAAACCAUAUGGCCUUAUUGGUUUACUGCUUGGUUGAAGCAAGAUUAGUCCAGACACUUGUGGAAGUAAUUGUGACAAGUGAUACGUUCAUUUCUGUCCGUUCAACAAUUUUGCUGGGAGAGUUAUUGCAUCUAAGUAGUACUUUGCUGCCACCCUCCUGUCACGGGACAAAAAUGUGUCUGCCUCAAUUAGUUGACUGCAUUACGUCACUUAAAAGCGACCCAGUGAAACGCCACCGAGCCGCCCAAGCAGCAGCAGCCCUCUCCAAAAUUCACCAACUUAAGAAAAAAGGAAUCGUUCCCUACAGUUUAGCUCUUAAACAAAUCGUUGAAUUAGAAAGAAGAGCUUCGUGCAACAAACACUCCUCCGUGAGAUACAAGAAAACUGAGGAGAACGCAACUAACAUCCAUCGAGACGAGACGGAGUUUCAGACCAAUGGAGAAAUGGAAUCUGAGAUGAGAUCCAGCAGAGAUUCUGAUAGCGUUCUUUCAGCACUUUCUCGAGACUGUGGAGUCCUGGCGCAAAAAGAUUCAUUGAUUUGGAACUGGUCCGUUUUAUCCAAUCUUUUCUUGUGGAGUAAGAUGAAUUCUUGCGCAUUGGAAGAUUCGAAUUUGAGGUCGAUUUUCCGACGGGUUAUGCAAUUCUACAAGCCCAUUAGCAAUCAGUUUUGUCAAUGCGAGUUUAAUAAUAGCCGAUCGCGUCUGUAUUCGACCGUUGGUUGUUAUCUGAUGGAUUCUCUUACAGUUAUUGAAGAGUUGGAGUGUGAAAAGAUUUUGGCCGAAUUUCUGGAUGAUGUCAGCAGUGCAAUCCGUGAUAUUUCUCUGGCUUCUUCGGCUCAUGACUGCCUACUUAGUCCUGGGCGACUUUCUACAACAGCUUGCCGGGAUUACUUCCUUUUUAUCGGUCGAUUGAGCAGCACCGCUAAUGGAAUUAUUGCUUUGGAAAAGGCUGGCAUUUUUCAAGACCUCUUAGAACUGGUAGCUAGUACAAAUCACGAUUGCUACUUGAAGGUUAUCGCUUCCACGCUCAAUUUCCAUACCGACGGGUAUGCUAGGGCUAUCUUGAAAAAGAUUUUACUUGGAACCGUGGAAUCCGGCAGAAUUUAUGCCACGCAUCAUAUACGAGUGCUAUUGCGAGCCGCAGAAGAGCAUGGAACAACAAGCACGCUUGCAAAGUGGGUUAUUCCCUUACUGCUUAAUCAACUUAAUGAUAAAUGUCGAGCCGUAGUCAUAGCUGCUGCCGAUAUUCUCGAUGAAGCCACCGACGAUCCAGCUUGUAUUGAAGUACUGAUUCCGCUUCAGACGCAAUUUGUUCAGUUAAUUCAAGAUCAGGAAAAACAACAUUUAGAUUCUCGCGCUCGAUUGUUGCUAAUUAAAACGCUGUCAAUCAUGUCCGGAUUCAAACAUUGGCAAGAAACCUUCGUUGAAACGGAAAGCACGAAGAUUUCCCUUGUUCAACAAGAAUUGGAUCAGUGGAUUAGCCACUUAAACGUUCGGUAUGUGCAGUUGGUUGAAAGUGAUUUAGCUGAUGGACUGACUCAGCAUCAACGAGCUGAAGAUGGUCGAUAUGGUCGCCUGAGCAACGUCCGACAUGCAAUUCGAGAUCUGCCUAUGCCUCCCCAUCUUUUCUCUCAGUUAAAUCAACACCGAGAAGGACUAGACUUUCUGCGUACUUCAGGGCAGCUUUCUAAGCUCUUCACGGUGGUUACUAAUGGAUCCAUUGAAACGGAAGAAGAAAUAUUGGAACUCAAAGCCGCUGUGUGGGCUUGUGCUCAUUUAGGAACCUCAGAAUCUGGGGUUGCGUUACUGGAAUCGGCUCAGGUGGUGGAAGCCUUGGUUCGUAUUGCUUCGUUCUCAACUAUCUUAACGCUGAGGGGCACGGCUUUUUUCGCUCUCAAUCUGGUCGCUGUGACAACUGCCGGAGUGGAUAUUCUUGCUCGAUUUGGCUGGGCUUCCAUCAAACGACACCAUGGCGAACUAUGGCAUGUGUUGGAUGAUUCCGAGUGGAAUUCUCUUUAUUUCCAGCAUGUUAGUGAUCCAUUCGUGCUCAAAGACAGCAUCCGGCUCAAUGUAGAGCGCGAGCGUCUACGUACUGUUAGCCAGAGUUCUUGUCACAGCGUCACUUUUGCCGCCGAUGAAAGGGAAGAUACGAAAACGGCAUCGAUAGUGACAUCAACUCCUCGUCAAAGAACCGGUUCGCUUGGCCAACCGACUGGCUGCUGGGAAACAGACUCGCAGCCCUAUUCUCUCGAAGGUUCUUCCAUCAAUUUCGAUUCGGAUUCCGAUCGUUCGUCUGAUGUUGCAAGCGCUGAAGGUGCCAUUCGCAGUUGUCGAAGGGCAUACACGUUGCCCCUGUCAACGCAAACCCCCGGACAAGAGUACGCUCCUCACUUCCGCAGCUUUAGCGAUUCACAUUAUCCAAUGGCAGAUGACGCUUCAUGUGUGGUUCCCACUUCGCCUAGUAGCCGUCCAAAGAGAGAGUCGCGCAUUUGGAGUAAAUUACGGACUAGUUUGCGAUUGCGUCGAUCGAAGCGUUUCUCCCUGCCCGUUCGAGACGUUUUCUACGUACCGCCAGACACUCCAAAGGUUAUUCAAUUGCUCCGAACGGAACUGACGGACGGAGCCCUGGGAUCAGCAGAAGAUACAUUUUCCUCGUCCGCUGCGGAAGACGCGUCUAGUGAAGACGACGAUAAAGAAGAAGCGGAUGCUACUCCGUUACACUUUGAAUAUCAACUCAAUCGCAUCGGUUCGAUUUUGAGUCGAUUAAAAUCGGUUCCCUAUAAAAGAAGACCCCGAAUUUUCAGCUCGUCGAGCAACAGGUCUGGUUGCUACAUUGGACUCUGUUUGCCGAUUCGGCUUUCGUACCUACACCCACCGUCGGAUUGGUUUGAGCAACCGGAUCUUAUGAUUAAUACCAUCAGCUUAUCGAACAUGACGCUCGAUGAAGAGCCUCAGUUUGUUCACGAAAGCCAACACUGUAUCAUUUGCUCCAAAGAUCCUUCCGUCCUUGACAUGGAAUCCGAAUCAAAACAAACCGAGGAAGAAAAGUGGCUGGUAAGAAAAGAACUAUUGCGACUAGUGACCAAUAUGGGGAGCUCUGUUGGUUUGAAUGCCAACGAACAAGGUCUUCUCAGGUUGAAGCAGCGAUUUCCAUGGGCAUUUCACGAUGUUUGUCUCUUCUCAGAUGUCUGCUACAUUAUGGCCUCGUACGGUUACCGGUUGCGCGCGCGCCGUUUCCUUCACGAGUUAUUUAUGGACUCGCCGUUUGACGAGCUGUACGCGGUAGCCGUUUCCCGACUGAAGGUGAACGAUGAAUUAGCUGAAGACUAAAAAAGACUUUUGAUGAUCCAUUUUCCUAUUAUUACCGUGUCUUCAUUUCCAUCUAUCAUCUCGAUUCCUGCCACGCCUUCUAGUCAACGCCUUGAAAUGUUAAGAUUCAAGUUUGUUAUGACGGUUGGGUUUUUCUCGUCACUGUAACUGAUGUGUGUGUGUGUGUUAAUUAUACCCGAGUUAAUUUCACUACUAAUUGAAAAUGUAAUAUCAACCGAAAUCUUGUAUUGGAUGGCCAGAAAAAAAUGAGGAUAGCGUCACGAGUGAAACGUUUUUUUUUAAUGUUUGUGGCUCAGUUGUCGAAUUCAAUGUAUGAUGUGCAGAAUCGGAUGGGAUGGCAGAGUUGGGUUUCUUUGCCGAGAUGGGGAUUUUACAGGUGCGAGAAACGGAGGAGGGUAUCAUCCAUCCAGGAAUUCAUCCACGUAAAAAAUAGGAGACUAAUAAGAGAACUGCACGUAACACUCCAUCAAGUUUGGGAUGAAAACGGUAUAAUAAAAAGAGUUAAAGAAAACGUACGCACACGAGACGACGGUGAAAAGAUGGGAUAAAAAAUCAGCAGUUGAAGUUGGCGAUUUGCGGUAGGUGGUGGUGGGGUUUACAAGUGGGUGGACACUAUUUAAAAAGUAUGGUAUGAGAUGAGGGGUAAAUUGUGUUAAAA